AUGAACGAGUACCUGCGGUCCAGAUGGCACGGUGAUCCCGGAGGGGGGUCGUCCGUGCCCCCAGUUGUCUGCAGCAUCUUUUUUUGUGCCAUCUUCGUCAUUCUGCCUUCCGGUCGAUCCCCCUUCCUCGUGUCUGCGUCGGUUCAACGGCAUCCUGUGCCGCAUGUCUCCGGCCCUGCCUCUUUCGACAUCCAGGCGCACACGCCUCUUUUCUUCAGCGAUAGAAAAGGAGCUAUACUGCGUCAUGCGCACCACGCCGAUAUACCGCCCGCGCCAGGGGAAAGGUUUGAUGUCGGCGGGCAGGCGCUGGCAGACUCUCAGACAGUCUCUGCACUGGAUUUGACAGCUACCGCCAAGGGGAGUCUCCGUGACUUCAUGCCCAGCUCCGUGGCGCGUCCUCCUUUGAAGCUCAGGUUGCCCGCGAAGGAGGCGCCUUCACCAGGUGACGACGCAAAAGUGCAGCUCGAACCUGGAAGAAGUUCGUUCGUGCAAACCCGCGCCUGGAUUACGCAGGACUAUUUGAAGAAUGAGUUCUUCAGGAAAGUUUACGAGCAGCGACGCGCGCGCGAAGAGCGGGAACAGAGGGAAGCCGAGGCCGGGGAUAGCAAUUCCGACGUAAGACCGGAAGAGGCGAGCAAGAUCAGAGAUAACGCCCACACGCACACAGAGGAACUGGAUGCCUGGGACGGCAGUGGGCAACGGUCUUGGCGUAGUGUGUUUGAGGGCCGCCGGGUCCGCGCUGAGCCCGUGCAGCCGCAGACGACCGCAGGUGCGAGUCAAGGGCAACAGAGAGGAGGUCGCGAUGACGCGCUGGCGGCGCAGACUGAGGAAACUCGAGAUGAAUCGUCGAGCCAGGAGGUCAUCGACACUUCUGGAGAAGUUGCGGGCGCCUCUGAGGCAGAGGCACCGCAGCUUACUGGUGCAUCUUUCCUUGAGUCCGACUCUGUCCGCGUUCCAUCUUUGUCUGGUCAUCCUCUACCGCCGGCGCAGGGGUACGAACAAUCCGUACAAUCUCACAACAGUCUGUCGGAGUCCACUUCCUGGCUGUCUCAUCCCGCUCCCCCGUCCCCGCGCUCUUCUGAUGGCCCGUAUGCACCCUCUGCGUCUUCCCUCAUGACUCCCUCUUCUGCCUCGCCUGCUGCGAGCGCCCACGUGCGCUCACCUUCGCCAGCGGUGCCUCAGCCGCCGAGUGCCCUGGCACUGCGCCGUCCGUCUUCAGCGCGGUCAGCCAGGGCCUUGUCUUUUGAAUCGCACGCCUCUCCGUCUGCUGCGCCGGGCGCCGCCGCGCCGCAGCAGAGAAGGACUCCAUCUGCCACGCGGCCGCUCUCGCACUUGCAAGUGAAGAGUCAGACUCAAAUCAUCGAAGCGCUUCUGUCCACAGCGCUGAGCACCGGCGCCGCAGCCCUCUCUCAGGGUGCAGGUCUCCCAGCUACAGGCGGCAUCCCCAUGAAUCAAAUCACAAUGGCGGGCAUGCAGCCGACGAUGCUCGCUGGCGCGGGGUACGCUGCUCCGGUGCCUUACGGAAUGCCGGUCGAUGAAGGCCUCAGCACGACUGAAAUCACGUUGAUAGUCUUGGGCGUCGUUGUGGGCCUGUCGAUGUUCGCGGGGCUUCUCUACAUCAGCCUCUCGGCAGGCGGUCGGAGGCGACGACGUUGA